AUGCUCAGUCCCCAUAAUUUUGCCUUUGGUUUCAGAUGUAUAAGUUCCACACCAUCCAGUUUGCAGGAAGACCAAGCAAAAGCUGGCUGGUUAAAAAGUAUUCUUCCUAUUCGAACCCUUGAACCAAGUAAAGAGUCACAUUCAAGUCAACUUUCAUCAAAAGAAAUAGUGUAUGAAAUUCAAUUUCAUUCUGUAAAACCAGAGUGUAUGGAAGCUUACCUCAAUAAAUUUUCUGAAUUUCAAGAUUUAAUGCAGAAGAAAGAAACUGGUUCUAAAUUAGUGGGUAGUUUUACUGUAGAAGUUGGCAACCAAGAUGAAGCUAUUCAUAUAUGGGAAUAUGAUGGUGGUUAUCCAAUGCUCAAUGAAACAAAUGCAGUGUACAGAACAGACAAGGACUUUAUAGAUUUUAGAAGAGAAAGAAAUAAGAUGUUACGCUCACGAAAAAAUCAGAUUUUAUUAGCAUUUAGUUUCUGGCCUAAACCUGUAGCUAGAGAACCUAGUAAUAUCUAUGAAUUAAGAAGUUAUGUUUUAAAGCCUGGUACUAUGAUAGAAUGGGGAAAUAACUGGGCUAGAGGUAUAAAACAUAGAUCAGAACAAGAGGCCCCUGUAGCAGGAUUUUUGACUCAUAUUGGAGAACAGUAUAAUGUUCAUCAUUUAUGGUGCUAUAAAGAUUUACAAACAAGAAAAUUUACUCGUGAGGCAGCUUGGAGUCGACCUGGCUGGGAUGAGUGUGUAGCUUAUACAGUACCUCUGAUACGACAUAUGCAGUCUAGAAUUUUGAUACCCACACCUUUCUCCCCUCUACAAUAG